AAAGGAUUUUGUGUUUGUCAGGUGAAGCAACCCGCUUCAAUCUUGCGGUUAGCGCGGCGCUGCGAGCACGUUCGAAAGAACCACGACCGAAAUGGGGACGUUUGUGGAAAACAUCACUCAGUACUAUCACUACGUCAACGAUGACCUGGCGGACCCCCGAACGAACAACUUCCCGCUGGUCUCCAGCCCGCUGCCCAUCAUGACCAUCAUGUACGUGUACCACCGCUUCGUGCGCUCGUGGGGGCCCGCCUUCAUGGCCAACCGCCCGCCCUACAACCUGAAGAAGGUCAUCAUCGCCUACAACGUCAUACAGAUAUUCCUGUCGAUAUACUUAGCUAUGCAGUGUCUGACCAGGCUGUACAUGCCCGGCUACUACAGCCUGUGGUGCCAGAAGAUCAUCUACGAGGACACGCCCCUGGAGCGCGUGGUCGUCAGCCGAGUCUGGCUCUACUACAUCAUCAAGAUCAUCGAUCUACUAGACACGGUAUUUUUCGUAUUACGGAAGAAAUACUCACAAAUAUCAUUCCUUCAUGUGUACCAUCACUUAGGCAUGUGUAUGCUAGGAUUCAUUGGAACUAAAUAUGUACCAGGUGGUCACGGCAUCAUGCUGGGCUUCAUCAACUCCAUGGUGCACGCGGUCAUGUACAGUUACUACCUGAUUUCGAUCGUGCGCGCGCACUGGGUGCGCCACUGGUGGAAGAAGUACAUCACACAGCUGCAGAUUCUGCAGUUCCUGUUGCUGAUCCUUCACUUCGGCCACGUGCUAUUCGAGCCGUCGUGCGAGUACCCCAAGUGGAUCUCCUUCAUGUUCCUGCCGCACAACAUCUUCAUUCUCUUCCUGUUCUCAGACUUCUACAUCAAGGAGUAUAUCUUAAAGAAAAAUAGAAAUAAGUCUAAGUAGGUAGUAAAUUAUUAUAAUAAAUUAGGCGGAAUAA